AACAAAGCCCUAGCUAGCAGCGUUAGCUCCGUGUGGACAGUGAAAGCGGAAAGACGGUGGUUUGUUCGUGUGUCGCAGGUCAAAUAUUCUAGUUGUUGGCGAAGCAGCGAUGUCGUCACAUCAAUAUUUGAGAGAUUUAAUCCACGGACGACUAACUGCUGCUGCUAAAGACAUAUUCACACACGUAGAAAGAAUCGUCGUCGAGUACGAGGAAGAGAUUAAUCGUCAGCGCAAACUGUUGGAGGUCGUUUGGAAACCUAAAGUCACGUUACAGCGGAUCGAGUUUCAGCAGAAUGUUAUAAAGGAGGAGGAGGAUGAGGUUCUCACUGAGCAGCAGCUCUGUAACCAGGAGAGGAACUCCAGUCUGGACCAAGAGGAACUAGAGUCUCUACAGAUAAAAGAGGAGGAGGAGGAGGAGCGGUUUGAACUGAAGCAGGAGGCUGAUACCUUUAUGUUGACUCCUGAUGAUGAAGAAAGUGAUCAUAUCGAACCAGAACCAGACACUGACCACCAACUCCUCUCUGCUGUAGCUGAGAGUCAAGAUCAGACAGUCCACAUGAGAAAUGUUACAGAUGAAAAGCCCCACAUGUGCAACAUUUGUAAGAAAUGUUUUGAGUUUAAAAGCAAUUUGGUGAUCCACAUAAGAACUCACACAGGUGAGAAACCCCAUGUUUGCCCAUUUUGUAAGAAAUGUUUUGCACAGAAAUCUACCUUGACAAACCACGUGAGAACUCACACAGGUGAAAAGCCCCAUGUUUGCCACAUUUGUAAGAAAUGUUUUGCAAUGAAAUCUACCUUGACGAACCAUGUGAGAACUCACACAGGUGUGAGGCCAUUCUCUUGUGAAACAUGCGGUAAGUGUUUUCUACAAAGUUCAGAUUUGACAAACCAUGUGAGAACUCACACAGGUGAGAAGCCAUAUUCUUGUGAAUUAUGCGGAAAAUCUUUUCGUUCAAGUUCAUGUUUGAUCAAGCACAAACGAACUCACACAGGUGAGAAGCCCCAUGUUUGCCACAUUUGUAAGAAAUGUUUUACAUUUAAAAGUUACUUGAUGAACCACAUGAGAACUCACACAGGUGAGAAGAAACCAUAUACCACCGACAUGGAUGGUCUCAGAAUGUUAUGAGCCUCAUUUAUUUGAAAAUUCACGGUAGGCUCGACUCACUUACAAACUGCAAAUCCAAAAUGUAAACUGUCACAAGUAUUGUGUGCCAUUUUUAUACACCACCUGUUAAAUGGAUUCAUGGAUUCCUGUUGUCAUUCCUUCAUUUUUCAUUCUUGUAAGAACUGCUUUGUGUGUUAAGACCGUUUGAUACAGGUGAGAAUUUCCAUGUAGAAGGUCCAUACUAUUAUGUUUACGUCUUUGUAACUUUGCCAUUCAUCAUUCACAUCUUAAAUAGCAGCACUUAUUGCCUGGCUUUCAAAAUAAGAGCUGCUGAAACAAUCUCACAGUUGUAAUGAUUUGUAUUAUAUAUCCACUGUAUAAAAUAACUGACACAUUUUUGAGCCAUUUUUGUGUUUGUAGUCAUUCCGCAGUUCACUGGCAGUAAUGGGAAGUCAGGAAAAGAGUGAAAUACUUUAAACUUUUAGGGAUAUGGUUUGAUGAAAUAGUAACACGGAAGGCACAUGUUCAGAAAUGAAUGGACAAAUGUAAGAAAAUAUUUAUUAUAUAUACAGUAUAUAUAUAUAUUAUAUAAUGAGAUGUUCAGUUUUUAUGGAAUGAAGAGCAGACAGAAAUUCUAACCCUAACCCAGAGCAUCUUCUGUCCUCACACUUACCUGUACCCCCCUCCCCUGUACGAUCUCCUUCUGCACUUGGAUUGGAGUGAUGGGAGUGCACAGGACAGACUGAACAAACGACGACCAGCAGCUCCUGUGGCAGUGUCAGCAUGUGAUGACCACCUCAGAUCCUGUGAGAGGGUGGUUCCUAGGAAUCUGUACUUUCCCUGAAAGUUCACUGUCAUCACCGUCUUGAGUGGGUUCAGGGUGGAGCAGCUCCUGCCUGUACACGGAUCAGACCAAUUACUAGUGUGUGUCUAUGUAUGUGCACGUCUGAUACCAGUCCCUCUACACCUCCCCUGGACUCUGCGUUGUGUUUGGUGUUAUUUUGAUGUAGAAAUGUUGUGCGGAAAGGAAAAUGAGGCACCACACCGGCCAGGAGAUCGCUGCAGUGGGAUGCGCACGCGUUCAUGGACACAUACAACACACUUUACCCCCCCACAGGAGCACAGUCUGGGAGCUGUUUUUUUUUCUUUCUCCCCUCUCCCCUUGGCUUCUUCCCUCUUUUAUUGCCUGGUCACCCUGUCAUGUCUGUCUUAUUGUGCUGUCUUAAUCUAUGUACGGACAGAUUGAUUCUGUAAUUUCACUGUACUUCGGUAUGCGUGACAAUAAAGACCUACUACUACUACUAAA